AUGUAUGAAGUUUUAUCUUCACAGAAACAAUACAAGAAAGACCUGGAAACUGAAAUUAAAGGAAAGGGCAUGCAAGUUGGUCCAGAUACUCCUGAGAUAAGACGAGCCAAGAAAGCUUCUGAAAUUGCAAGCAUGAAGGAAUACAAGAAAGACUUGGAGAAUGAAAUUAAAGGAAAGGGAAUAGGAGUGGGCAUGGAUACCCCUGAUAUACAACGAGCCAAAAAAGCUUCUGAAAUUGUAAGCCAGAAAGAAUAUAAAAAGGAUCUGAAGACUGAAAUUAUAGGAAAAGGGAUGCAAGUUGGCCUGUAUACUCCUGAAAUACAACGGGUCAAAAGGGCUUCAGAAAUAGCAAGCCAGAAAAUGUACAAAGAUGAAGCAGAGAGGAUGCUCUGUAACUAUUCAGCUGUCCCAGACACUCCAGAGAUGGAGAGGAUGAAAAGUACUCAGAAAAACAUCAGUUCAGUGUUUUAUAAGAAGGAAGUAGGAGCCGGCACAGCUGUAAAAGAGACUCCAGAGAUUGAAAGAGUAAAGAAAAAUCAACAGAAUAUUAGUUCGAUUAAAUACAAGGAAGAAAUUCAGCAUGCAACAGCUAUUUCUGAUCCACCCGAACUAAGGAGAGUUAAGGAAAACCAGAAGAAUAUUAGCAAUGUUCAGUACAAAGAACAGCUCUGCAAAGCUACACCUGUGAGUGUCACCCCUGAGAUCGAAAGAGUCAAGAGGAAUCAAGAGAAUGUCAGCAUGGUUCACUACAGAGAGCAGCCUGGCAAAGCUACUGCUGUGAGCAUCACUCCUGAAAUAGAGAGAGUCAAGAAGAAUCAAGACAAUAUCAGCUCGGUCAAGUACAGCAGUGAUCAGAGGCAGAUGAAAGGUAGACGUAGUGUGCUUCUAGACACACCUGAGCUAAGGCAUGUCAAAGAAACACAAAACAACAUCUCAAUGGUGAAAUACCAUGAAGAUUUUGAGAAGACAAAGGGCAGAGGCUUCACCCCAGUGGUAGAUGAUCCUGUAACAGAGCGUGUACGGAAAAACACCCAAAUUGUGAGUGAUGCAGCAUAUAAAGGUGUGCAUCCACAUAUCGUUGAAAUGGAUAGAAGACCUGGAAUAAUUGUUGAUCUUAAAGUUUGGCGCACAGAUCCUGGCUCCAUCUUCGACAUUGAUCCUCUGGAGGACAAUAUUCAGUCUAGGAGUCUGCAUAUGCUUUCUGAAAGAGCAAGCCGUUACAGUAAACAGUAUUUACAUUCUACCAGUUUGGGAGAUUAUAAAUCAGAUGGCUCUGACACGAACCCUACCUUUUCUUACUGCAGUGAGAUAACAAGGCCAUCUGACGAAGGAG